GCCGCACCCUGUGUUUGUCAAACGUAACCUCAAUCGUUACUUGCAUUUUUGUUUCGAUCUUUCCUGUGUGUUUUUCAGUGAAAUCUCAAGAAAUUCCCAAUGGAGACGAUAAUUGGACUGAAGGGGAAGGAUUUCGUGAUGAUUGCGGCCGAUUGCACGCACGCACACUCGAUAAUUAUGCUGAAAGAAGAUGAGCGGAAGAUCAGCCAAAUCUCGGACAAUCUACUGAUCGCCACGACGGGUGAGUCUGGCGACACGGUGCAGUUCACGGAGUACAUCUCGAAGAACAUUGCCCUGUACAAGAUGCGCAACGGCUACGAGUUGGGCCCCAAGGCGGCGGCUCACUUCACGCGCAAGAACCUGGCGGAUUGUCUGCGCUCGCGUUCGCCGUACUUCGUGAACCUCCUGGUGGCGGGCUACGACGAGAAGGAGGGCGCGGAGCUGCACUUCAUCGACUACCUGGCGAACGCCAAGUCCGUGAACUACGCCGGCCACGGAUACGGCGGCAUGUUCUGCGCCAGCAUCUUCGAUCGCUACUACAACGCCGGCGUGUCGCAGGACGACGCGUACGAGAUCCUGAAGAAGUGCGUGGCCGAGAUCCAGAAGCGUCUCAUCAUCAACCUGUCCACAUUCAACGUGGCUGUGGUGGACAAGAAAGGCACACGCUUCCUGCACGACAUCACGUCCAAGAGCGAAGCGGCUUAGCCCGCGCCCGGCUUUCCUCCUCUCUUUAUACAAUAAAAUAGGAUUCAAACAA